AUGUCUCCGGUGACUGUGUGGGAGGCCCACAAAAGUGUCAUACGCGGCUCUCUUAUCGGCAUUGCAACCCGCAAAAGGAAGGAGGCCACACGCAAUAUGACUGAACUUUAUGGCAUCAUAUCGCGCCUGGAACUCCAGCACAAACGCUCUCAGAUGGUCACGAUCUAUAGAGAUCGCAUGGAAGCCAGGCGAAACUUGAAAGCCCUCCUCACACAAAGGUACCUCUGCUCGAUGCAAACAUCGAAAUCCUUUUUCUACACCCACGCGAACAAAGGAGGAACGUUUCUUGCUCGCCUCCUGAGAGGAGAAGUGGCUCGCACCCAG